CCGCUUCACAGCCGAGGGCGUUCAGCUAAUCCGGACGCAUCUCUUCACCGCCUGUCUCGCUCAAUUAUUUGUUCCGUUGAGAAGCGAAAGAAGAAGCAAAUAAAAGGACCCGGGUAUCGAAAUCCACGAUAAAAUCUCAGCUGCUUCGUUUCGAGGAGAGCAACAAAAAAGUCACCGAUCGAUCAGAUUCAGAAGGAAGAACGUCAGAAAAGCAAAAGCAACAUCGAAACAAGUCUCACCGCUAGUUGCUCGUUAUUGUGACCGAGAACGAAGGGAAUCGAAAUGGAUAAUAAAUGGUACGAUAGCAGACAAGAAACAUGCACAGAAGAUAAACGGCCACAUAGAAGAGAGGAGGCAUAUGAAGACUCCCUUGCUGAGGACUUGGGAGAGGAUUUUCGACUUCCAAUUGAUCAUAGGCCCACAGAGAAUAUUGAUCUAGAUAAUGUGGAGCAAGCAUCUUUAGACACACAACUGUCAUCAUCUAACAUAGGCUUUAGGCUUCUCCAGAAGAUGGGCUGGAAGGGGAAGGGACUUGGCAAAGAUGAGCAAGGAAUAGUUGAACCAAUAAAAGCUGGGAUUAGAGAUCCAAAGUUAGGAGUGGGGAAGCAAGAACAAGAUGAUUUUUUCACUGCUGAAGAGAAUGUUCAGCGAAAGAAACUUGAUGUUGAGGUAGAGGAGACUGAGGAGCAGGCAAAGAAGCGGGAGGUCAUAGCAGAACGUGAGCAGAAAAUUCAAACUGAGGUGAAAGAAAUACGUAAGGUGUUUUAUUGUGAUCUCUGUAACAAGCAGUACAAAUUGGCCAUGGAAUUUGAAGUUCACCUUAGUUCAUAUGACCACAAUCACAGAAAGCGGUUCAAGGAAAUGAAAGAAAUGCAUGGAAGUAGCAGUCGUGAUGACCGGCAAAAGCGUGAACAACUACGUCAAGAAAGGGAGAUGGCCAAGUUUGCUCAAAUAGCAGAUGCCCAUAAACAACAACAUCAAAAUGAUCAAGCAGGGGCAACUCCUACUACAUUGAGAAGUGCUACUGCACUGGCAGAUCUGAAUCAGCGGAAGACAUUGAAGUUUGGAUUUUCCUCCAAGACUGGUUCAUCCAAGAACUCGUUCGGUGGUGCUGCAAAGAAAGCAAAGGUAGCUUCAGUUUUCAGCAAUGAUAGUGACGAAGACUAGUCAAUUUCUCUUCAACCUCGGGAACUUUGCAAUGAAGACUGAACCUUGUUUUAGUAUUAACAAGAGGAUUUGAUUUGAAGGAAAUAGAUGUACAAAUAAUAUAUAUAGCUUUUCCAUCUUGUUUAUUCAUGUAUGUUGGCCUGUUGUGUUUGCUCUGGAUUUAUGACAGUUAUGGACUGUGGAUCACCUUGGUAGAUGUUUUGCUCUCCUAGUUUGAAGUUAAAUGACACAAUUGCACGCACAUAUGCAUUUGCGUGGUGGGUGUGAUCACGUGACCGUGUCAUGUGGCUGGAUCUUAAAAACAAUGAACAGUUGGAGUAUGCCUCUAUUUUAUUUUCUUUCA